GAAACCGAUGACCAUCGCUUUCAGUGCGCUGCAUCUUUCUCUUUUUCAUCAUGAUAUGAACAUGCUGGAAAGCUUUAUUCGCGCAAAAUCCACCGUUUCCACUUUUGCUUGGCUUAAAAUCGUGUUGGUGUGUUAAUCAAACGUGUGUCUGUGUCGUUUGGACCAUGCGGCUCAGAUGCGCUGCUCUGCUCUGGAGAUAUAUCUGACUCUCCAUCGCUAGCUUCACCUCUGCUGGCCAUGAGUGCGGAGAAGCCACACUUUCUGUCUCAACCCGAGGUGAAAAAUAUCUACUUCUAUCGCAAUGGGGAUCCGUAUUACGAGCCCAGGCGUUUGGUGAUUAACUCGAAGCGGGUUUCGACCUUCGACACGCUUCUGCGGGAGGUGACUGGCGGCGUGAGGGCUCCGUUCGGCGCGGUGCGGAGCAUCUACACACCCAAAGCCGGACACCGCGUCCAGACCCUGGAGCACCUGCGCAGCGGAGAGCAGUACGUGGCUGCUGGACGAGAGAGGUUCAAGAAGAUAGAUUAUUUACAGAUAGGACCCAGGAAGAAAAAAACGCUUCAGCCCAAUGGAGUGCUGAAACCUGUUCCUCAGAGUCGUGUGAUUGUAUCUGCCAGAUUCCUGAAGCCCAUCAAAGAGCCCUGUGCAAUAUUUGUUGUGGCAAAUGGAGACGUCCUGAACCCAGCGGUGAGGUUGCUGAUUCCCAGCCGUGUGAUUAGCCAGUUUGAGCGGAUUCUGGAGAUGGUCACGGAGAAAAUGGGCCUGCGAAUCAUUGGGGGUGUGCGGAGCCUGUACACCUUUGAAGGGACUCUCGUUAUGGAUGGAAAGGAGUUAGAAAACAGGCAGUUUUACGUCGCUGUUGGCAGAGACAAAUUCAAAAAGCUUCCAUACAGUGACCUGCUGUUCAAUAAACCCAUCGGCAUGAAGAGAGUGAACGGGUCUAAAGCUGCGUCAUUACCGCCGAUAUACAUAUACAGAAGACAGAAUGGAGAUGUGGGGAACCAUCAUCUGAGCAAGUCUGAGUGUGGACAGGAGAAGAGCAGUCCCGCAGCGCAGCGCUCUAAAGAGCAGCUGUCCUCUAUAGUCCGAGAGAUCUCACAGGCCAAACUCAUGAACAUACGCAAGAAGUGGAGCGGACUCACGGCUUCACAGGAGACUCAGGACAACGAUGAUGGAGAGGACAGAAGAGCAGAAGAUGAUGAGAAAUCUUCACCGGUCCAGCAGGAGGCAGAGGAGGCCAGUCCUGAUAUUGACGACUCAACCAAAGCAGAAGAUGAAGCAGCCCAAAACACAGAAGAAUCACCGUGUGACGGUGAAGAAGAGACGAAAGCAGAGGAUGAAAUUAAUGAAGAGGAUAAAGAGAUAAAGGAAGAGGAACAGGCAUCAGAACCAGAGGCACAUGAUGACGGUGAAGAGAAGAAGGAUGAAGAAGCUGAAGGAGGAGAUGAAGAGGAGAACCAGGAGAACACAGAGAAGGAGGGAGAGCCGGCGGAGGAGAAUCCAGAUCCCAGUGAAUGAAUGAGAAAUGAGAAACCCUGAGGGAGUAGUUCAGCGAGUUCAGACCGUAUGCUUCUCUGUCUGCUGCAGAGCACAGACGGAGCUGUUGUUCUCUGUAUAACAUGGACAAGAGAGACCAGAACAUUCUUCAAUAUAUGUUGUUUUUGUGAGAAGACAGAAAGCCAUACGGGUUUGAAUGAUCAC